GAUUUCCUUCUCACCGAACCAUGAGCGACGCCGGCGACUACAGCAAGGAAUCAAUUCCGUCAUAUACAGCGGAGACGACCGAACAAGCAAUCAAUCGAGUGCGGUCAGGAGCUAGAGUUCCCGACUAGCGCAGCUAUCUUGCCCUGGCAUAUAACUUGUGCCGCGCCAAGAUCCAGCACCUUGAUGGGCUGUCGCGGGACAAGCAGACGCCCCGUGCUCCAGCCUCGAUCCACGCCGCCGCCCAUCACCAAAAAAAGCGCAGGCGCGUGAAUGCACCACUCACCACCAGGAUGAAUAUCGACACAUCUCCUCCCGCCGCCGAGGCUGCACACUCGCACCUCCCGCGCCGCGCGUUCGUGACCAUCGGCGCCACGGCCGGCUUCCGCAGCCUGCUGGAGCAAGUUCUCCGGCCCGAGUUCCUGCGCUGGAUGCGCGGGUACGGCUUCGUGCGCAUGACGGUGCAGUGCGGCUCCGACCUGGAAUGGUUCCGCUCGAGCCUGGCCGCCGUCGCCGAUACCUGUGGUGUCGAAGUCGACUGUUUUCAGUACACUACCAGCAUGCGCGACUACAUAAUGCCGUGCCGGCCGGUCGAGGGCGUCUGCAACGCCGGGAUCGUGAUAUGCCAUGCUGGCGCCGGAACAGUAGUCGACGUCUCGCGCUGCGGCGUUCCAUUCGUCGUGGUACCGAACGAAGGCCUCAUGGACAACCACCAGGCCGAGCUCGCCACGCACCUCGACAAGGAGAGGUGGGCCGUGGCCGCGAAGCCCGAAGCUCUUCCUCAGGCCAUCAGGAGGGCACAUGAGCAGGCGUACGCAGGCGGCCUUGCGCCACAGCCGGAAGUGUCAGCUGGCGUCAGCGAGGACGCCGGGUUCCCCGCCCCGGAACACGAGCGUAUUACACUGCUAGACUGGAUGACGCUCUCAUGCUAUGAUGAUGCAUCUUCGUCUACACUGGCUACGCUGGGUCAGCCCUCGGCAUCGGACAUGUCGUCUGAGAACAAGAGCCGUUCAGCGAGGCAUCCUCAUGCGAGGCCCGUGUCUUGACAUUGAUCCCAUAGACUUGUGGGCCUUUCAAACCGGCGACUUGUUAUUGAGAUGUCCAACUAACAGUUCCCCUUCAUUGGUACACACCAGAUAUGUGACAAUACUGUCAAUUGUAUACUUGGCUUGCAAUGCAUUGUUUGGCGUUGGUUGAGGUAAUUACGUGGGAUCCCAGAUACCUUUUCACACACAGUUGCCUCGAGCAUUUGAUGUUUUAUGCUUCUCAGCUACUGAUGGGUUUCAAAACUUUCACCUUGUGAACUUGAUUGCUUGUUUAUUUGCGUUCAUAAUGCCACCUCCAGUUUACUAUUUACAUAGCCCAAGAGGGGCAGUUUCAUAAUCCGGCCGUCCAACAAUUGCCAGUUCUCUAUUGUAUCAACAAUCCAUUACUCAGACUCUAAACAUCUUGUAUUUGAUCGAUCUAUCAUAAAGCUUCGUUUCGC